AUGGAAGAUCCUUCUUUACGCACCUGGGCACGCGCAUCUGGCGAAGGCUUGCUUGUUUUCAAUAAUCUAGAUAUUUAUAUCUGUCAUGAUGAUUAUCAAAACUAUCUCGAAUGCGAAAGAAAGCUUAAGGAGAAGUUCUCACUUUACAAAGACAAGAGGUGGUGUAACCACCCUAGACACAUAGAGGAGGCGAUAGUAAUCUCCCAAAGAAACAUCGAGAAUCACCACAAAAAGAUGCAGAAGGUCCUCGACUUUUUUGAGGUAGAGAAGCCUGACACCAUUGUAAACCAGAUGAUGAGCCGGAAAUGGACUCGCAUAGGGAGGCCGCUCUUCAAUUCCGAUUUCGGCCGCUUUGAACACAAGAUUCGUAGACACCGCGACCUCUUGGAACUAUCGGAGAAGUAUAUUUGGGAUCAUCCUAACAUCGCUUCAACACCAGUACAAUUAGCAAUAUCGAAACGUCUUUCCAGGGUGCGCGAGAUGCAGGAAAAAGACUAUAAGCUGCUUGGCCAAGGCCAGAAUAUAAUUGAUGGUAUUGAUUCUCUUAGCAUGGUCAGAUGGCUUUUCGAUAUGGUGAUCAUGGGCUUAAGAUCUCUCGAAACACUCGUGGAAUGGUCAGACUCGAGCUCUAAUCUAAUAAAGGUCAUUCAGAAGUGCAGGAAAAUCCUGACGGAAUCACAUGCUGUGAAAAGAUUCCGUGAUAAAUUAGUAGAUGGAAGUUCUAAGGAGAGCGACGAAUCUAUCAUCGAGGCUAGGUCUUCGAGAUUAAUCAAUCCAGUUCGAAAAGAAUGCCUUCAAAUCUUCUUGGAGAUCUUGUUUAUUCUUGUUAUUACUGGAAAUAUCGACGAUUGCGCCGGGGAUUAUUGGACCUCUCUCGAGGCGAUUGUUUACAAACCAACGAUUAGUGCUGUAUAUUGGAGAGGCUUUUACGACUCAGAAGAUCACGAUUGCUCUCAUCGUCUAAGAGAGAACUUUAUACUGGAAUCCACAGCUGAUCAAUACCUAGAGCGCAUCGAGAUUGACGUGCGUCGCUUCAAGUCUCUGGUCACUUCUGAGCCUGAAAAGGUUCUAAUUAUGUUUACAGACACUGUGAUCGAAAGCGAAAUUAGCGGGCGUCGUAUGAAAGUGGAUGCAGAGGUCAUUACUAAAGAAAAUGAUGGAGACUUCAAGUAUCUAGCUUACAAGUAUGCAAAACUUGUCACUAAAUCUCUCCAUAACAACGCGAAGGACGACGAUUUACUUAUUGGGAAUACCGCCCGGCUCUUGCUCAAGAGUGAAUUACCCCACGAAUCUGAGAAUCUAAAGCUCAUUUCCAUUCCUCCAACCGAGAUUGAUAGAUUGGAGGAGGUCAUCAGGGGCUUAGAUAAUCUGCUCUCUGACUACAGCCCUAUGAUCAUAUCGCAUUCCUCUGACGAAAUAUGGAGAAAGGCAUACCUCUGGCAGCACUUCGGAUAUUCUGAGUUUGACCGAGCUUUGAAUGAGCUCUGUGGCCCUCAUUCUCUCUAUCUAUCAGGUAUCAAUCUUGAUACACUCCUGAUACCCAAGAACCCACGUUGGAAACUCGUAUGUCAGCUUAAAAGAGAUCGCUUGAUCGAAUUUAAGGAAUUCGAAAAUAAGCAACGGGGAAAUCAGUCAGGCUUGGUUGCUACUGAUAACAUUAAACUCCAAUUUUUGUUCAAUCGCACGCUUAUUGGGAUUGAUAGUUUGCGGAUCUCAAUAGCGCGCGGAAAAUUCGAGUUCGAUAUCAAAAGUCAGAGUAUUCAUACUACGCUUCAGAAUAUUCGAGCCUAUUUACGUGAUGAUGCAACGACUCUGCAUGAUACAAUCAAGUAUGAAGACGAACCUAGCCUUUCUCGGUCAAAGAUUGAUUUCUGCAAGUUGAUGAUCGCACUUCUGAUCCAAAUCGAUUUCCUUCUCAUUGAGACUACCGGCAUCGAUCAGGGUGUAUGCUAUAAAGACAAUCUUACAAAGUUUCUCCGGGAUGGGACAUCAAGAUAUUACGUGGAGGCAAUGCGUAGCAUUUUCGAAGAGGAGUGUCAGAAUUGCACUGAGAAAUAUCCUCAGUUUGAGAGACGCUCCACUGCUAUGCGGAAGCUUGCCGAUAAGAUACAUUACGUCAAAUUCAUAUAA